AUGACGGUGCAUUUUGAGAUUUCUAUGAAUUUGUACUAUAUAAUGAAUAAAAAGAAUGCUUCCAAACAAUUUGCUGAAGAAGUCUUGAAAGCACACAAUGACUACAGGAAGAAACACGGAGUCCCCCCAUUAAAACUCUGCAAGAAGUUAAACAGAGGAGCCCAACAGUAUGCAGAAGAACUGGCUACCACGAGGGUCCUCAAACACAGCUCCGAGUCUGCUAAUGGAAAAUGUGGAGAAAACCUAGCAUGGGCAUCCUAUGACCAACCAGGUAAGCUUUCUUCUCUUGUCUCACAGACACUGGAUAAAUGGCUUGUCUCAU